GUCGUGAUUCAUGAUUCAUGGAACUUGUUGUGUUGAUUGUCCCUCUCAAUUCAACCUUGAAUAUCUGUCAUCCACUCCCCGAUAGUUAUCCAUCAUGGCGAAAAAGGCAUUGGCUAAGGAUCAGAUUGUGAAGCUGAUCGUGGGAGCUGGUCAGGCCAGCCCCAGUCCUCCUGUCGGUCCGGCCCUGGGUAGUAAGGGUGUCAAGAGUAUGGAUUUUUGUAAGGAGUUCAACGCUCGCACUGCACACAUCAACACCGGGGUCCCCGUCCCGGCCCUCGUCACCGUCCGUCCUGAUCGUUCAUUUUUCUUCGAUCUCCGGACCCCGACCACCACCUACCUCCUCCUGCAAGCUGCCAACGUCGAGCCGCGCAAGAACCGCAUUCGCGGUGCACAAAACCCCGGCCACGAGACCGUCGGCACGAUCUCCCUCAAGCACGUCUACGAAAUCGCCAAGAUCAAGCACUCCGAGACGAGACUGUCGGGCCUGAGUUUGCAGGGUAUGUGCAAGAGCGUCAUCGCCCAGGCCAAGUCCAUUGGCGUGGAGGUUGUACCGUGAAGGGCAGGCCGGGGAGGUCAUUGAGAUUGAUUUAACUGUAUUGUAUAUGGGAUCACUUGCUACCGGGCGAUUGUUGCUCGCUAUCUGGGACUGAUGAUCAUGGCGUUCUUGGGGGCCUGGGUCUGUUGCCAUUUGUAUUAUAGGCAUUGCAUGUGAUAUAGAAAGC